AUCUUCAAUUUAGUAGUAUUGUGGCACCGGGCGGUUUAGUUUUUGUAUUUUAUUUCGUUCGUGCCUUCGUGUCUUGUUGAAAAUCUACUUCUAGUUUUUCCUUGAUGGUGAUGUAUCAAAACAUCUUUUGUGUUAUUGUUCGUGCUUCUUUGUGAGAGGACAGUUUUCGCACGAACCCUGUAUGCAAAUUUUGUGUAAGUAUUGUACAUUAUGCAAAUAAAUAACUAAUGUAACGCCGCACACUUUUGAUGAAUGUUAGUGUUUAUCUAGCUUCUAGACAUGAAUAAGCGACGCUGGAAGUCUGUAGACAUAAUGAGUGUGUCACGGCGCCAAUUGUUGCGCCUUCUAAGGCUCCGGAAUCUUCUGAUGCUCACACUUCUAGUGGUACUGUUGUACAUACUGAAAUUACUGAUGAACUUAGAUGCAAGUAAUCAGUUGGCAAACCAAGCUGGGGAAGCAUUUAAUAUACCGCAGAGAUUUCAGCAAGAUCGAGAUAUUUUUGUACCUGCAACUUUGAAGAAAAUUGACUGGCAUGACUAUGUGCUGAUACAACAUGAAAGGAAACGAGUGGGAAUUGGUGAGCAAGGAUUGCCAGCACAUUUGCCAAAAUCGGAGUCUAAAAAAGAAAGCGAACUAUACGCAGUGAAUGGAUUCAAUGGCGCUUUGAGUGACCAAAUUCCUCUGAAUCGUUCUCUACCUGAUAUACGCCAUCAUGACUGUGAGAAGAAGCUGUACAUUGCGUCUUUGCCAACCGUGAGCGUAGUGGUUCCUUUCCACAACGAGCAUUGGAGUACGCUGCUCAGAACCGCCUAUAGCGUUCUCCUACGAUCACCCAAUACUCUGAUAAAAGAAGUGUUCCUAGUCGAUGAUGCAAGCACCAAAGAUUUCCUAAAGGAGAAAUUAGAUGUAUAUCUAGAGGAAAACAUGCCGAAAGUGAAGGUCAUUCGCCUUGAAGAGCGCAGUGGUCUCAUUACAGCUCGCCUGGCGGGAGCCAAGCGGGCCACGGCUGAUGUCCUAGUGUUCCUGGACUCGCACACCGAAGCCAAUGUCAACUGGUUACCGCCCCUACUAGAACCGAUAGCGUUGAAUUACCGCACGGUAACGUGUCCGUUCAUAGACGUGAUCGCGUAUGACACGUUUGAAUAUCGCGCGCAAGACGAAGGAGCUCGCGGCGCGUUCGACUGGGAGUUCUUCUAUAAGCGUCUGCCAAUACUGCCCAAGGACGAGAAGAAUAUGCCGGAGCCUUUUGAGAGCCCAGUAAUGGCUGGAGGACUGUUCGCAAUAUCGCGCAAAUUCUUCUGGGAGCUGGGCGGUUAUGAUCCCGGUUUGGACAUCUGGGGUGGGGAGCAGUAUGAGCUGAGCUUUAAGAUAUGGCAGUGCGGUGGUCGUAUGGUAGACACUCCGUGUUCCCGCGUGGGGCACAUCUACCGCAAGUUUGCGCCCUUCCCUAACCCGGGACACGGGGACUUCGUUGGAAAGAACUACCGUCGCGUCGCCGAAGUAUGGAUGGACGAGUACGCCGAACACUUGUACUCGCGUCGGCCUCAUUACCUCAAGAUAGACCCCGGAGACAUCUCAGAACAGAAGGCCCUCAGGGAGAAACUACAGUGCAAAUCUUUCCGAUGGUUUAUGACUCAGAUCGCAUUUGACUUGACAGCUAAAUACCCGACCGUGGAACCUAAUCCAUUUGCCAAAGGCCGUGUUCGACCAGCUUCCAACCCGAAGAUGUGCAUAGAUGCUAACCACGGGGAAUCGAUGGACAAGCUGCAUAUCAAGCCCUGCUCCGAUACCGAGACUGAACAAGAGUUCGUCUUCUCUUGGCAUAAGGAUAUCAGGCUUUCAACGCGGAACAUCUGUUGGGAUCUGCCGGAGUCUGCAGCAAAAAGUCCGAUCCGAUUGUUUUCGUGUCAUCUUGGAGGUGGUAACCAGUUAUGGAGGUACAAAACGGACACGAACCAAAUAAAACACGGCGACGAUGACCACUGCAUCGACUGGAGUCCUUCCACCCGAGACCUCUACAUCAACGCCUGCGACGAAUCCAAAGGCACACAGCGCUGGAACAUCGACCAUGUGGAUGACGAGAUGAUGAAGAAGUGGACCUCAGUCAGAACGAGGAUCACGGGACCUGUAGAGGAGGCUUAAACUUGUGUGGCCGGUUGCAUUGAAACUUUGUGAGUUGUUUUGACUAUAGAGUUUUGUUGAUGGCAAGGUUAACCGGUUACUGAUAAAGUCUUUGAAAGGCUGUCAAAACUUAUCUGACAGAUCAACUAUGACUUGUUCUUGGAUAGUAAUAUCUUUCAGAAGUUAUAAGCAGCCUUUAUCUGGCAGGUAGCAUUAACUAUCGGAUAGCUAACUAAGGCUAUCGGUAACCAGUCAACUGGGCCUUAUUUUGGUAUCAAAGUAUGAAGUCCAUUGCCACACAUUCUUAUGUAUAGGUGACUACGUUACUUUUUACAUUUCGAGAUCAGUAUUUUGUAACUGUAUUUGACUUUUCGAUCUUUAAACGAUAUCAAUGAAUUUCCUCGAACCAUUUUAUUCGUAAUUUUUUUUUACAUUAUCAGUAUUAUGUGAAGCGAGUAAAUGUUAAAGGAGGUUUUAAUGCAACCGGCGGCCGCCUUCUUGCUAUAUGGAACCCAGUUCAAAAAUCGAUUGUGAGAUAUUUUUUGUAUUGCGAAAAUACUAGUCUGCAAGCCGAUGGGCUUGACUCUAUGUGUGUUCAGGUGGCUUUUCCAAUAAGUUCCUUCAUGCAAUAUUUAUACAGGCAUUACAGGUAGAAAAAAUCAGGGUUUUUUUCUUAGCCGACUUCUACAUUCUAUUGUAUCCAUCCAUCCAUACACUUAAUACUGUUUAUCUGUCGAGCUUUUACGCGAAAACUACUGAUAACAUAAUAUGUGAAAUAAAAUUUGGUACACAGUCUCAAGUGUCAGAAAGGAUACUUUUUACCAGGUUGAGGGAAGAAGUUCUGCUAAAACGUGAGAGAAUCCGCGUUAGCAGCUAGUAUUAUAUGUAAUAUAUUUUUUGUUGUUUCCCAGUCUCGAGAAUUUUAACAUCUGACCGUAAUAGUGUUAUAUAAUGAAUAACUUCGUAGGUUGACUUUAUGUACGUAAUGAAGGUACUACUUAACUUAAAAUGAGUGAUAGGGCUACACUUGCCAUUGGAAAGAAACGAUGCUUAUGGUAAAAAUAAUAAUGUUAAUUUAAAUAAUAUUGAUUUUGACAAAUUAGGACGCUUUUGCUUCCAAUAAAAAUACCAAAAAUAUAGUAAUGAUAUGUUUUUGUAGCCUAACUUAGUUGGAUGUAAAUAACUGUUAUGGUAGGUAUUUAAUGUUAGCAUUUUGAUGGUUUAUGUGCAAAUCUAUACGUGGUUUUAUUAAUUGAUUCAACUUGGAAUACGUACUAAUCAAAUAAUACUUGCAAAAUGCGUAUCGAAAUUGUGGAAUAUUUUUUUAUUGUUUACCGUUUUGUAAUAUUACUAACUUUUUUUUGAAAAUUAUGCAAUAUCUCUUGAUAAAUAAAAAAUCUUUGACGACUUUUGUCAUUACAUAAUUUGCUACAUUCGAUAUGGGAUUUAUACAGAACUAAUUUUUAGGGCUUACAUAAUUUUCAGAAGAUAUUUUUAAUUUAUUGACUUUCUUAAAUAAUUUUAUGUUCGUAGUAUUAUUAUGUGUUUAGAAGAGAAAUUUGAAGUGGCUUGAUCUUUUUAAGAAAGGAGAUCUUAUCUAAUAAUGUAUUACACAUCGGUUCUUUAUUUUUAUGGUAGAACGUUGUGUAUCUACAUUCUGCCAGUUGUGUUUAAAUUCCAUGUUAUAGUUAAUGAGCUAUCCUAUUAAUUAAAUGUGAUAAUGAUACAAAUUAUAACUGAAAACAUUUUUAUGUCCUAUGAUAAUGUAUUACCUAAUGUUUAGAUCAAAAGUUGACGAUUUAUUAAUUUACAGAAAUAAAUGAUAAAGAGGCACGCAUUUACAGCAGCAUAAUAACUAUGUGUGUAGAUAUUUCGAGUAUAUUUUUUUAGUAGAUGGUAGAAUAUAAAUAGUUAGUGGAAAUUAGUCAAGGUUAAAAUUAACUUUUAAGUAGUUAUUUAUUUUUAGGCAUUAUGAAAUUUUGAAUGUUAACAUACUAUUGAGAACUUUCGAUGUUGAAUUAGAAUCGGUGUUAUUAAAUUGCUAAAAUGUUAUACAAUUAAUAAAUCUUUGGACAUUUCAAACCUUUAAUGAAUACUUCCAAAUGUUUAGUGUUAAAUCUGUAUUUUUCUACGCUUUUAUAGAGGCGAGGAUGGGCUUUAGUGCCAUUGAUACGAGUAUGUCGAUAUCGAUAUUGUAUAAGAUGAUUGGUCACGGUAAAUAUUGAGUGCUUGGUAUCUUAAUGCUAAAGUAGGGUGCUUGUAGGUCCUGCUAAAACUAUAACCGUGAAUAAUUGCGUGAUAUUUGCCGAAUGAGGCCGUAUAUGUUAGAAAAUGCUUUUACUUUUAAAGCCAUAAAUUUCGCAUUUUUGUACAACAUAGACUAUUUCGUAGUGAUGUAGGUAUGUAUGUGUGUUUCGAAAUAUAUUUGUUGUGCUGUCAUAUUUUUUGUAUAUACCUAUUGUAUUGUUGAUUUGAUUGUUUGUACGAGUCUAUUCCAUUGUGAAACAUAUCACUAGUUGUAUAUAAGCACUUAUAGUUUUAUUUGUAUAUUGAUAAUAAAUUAUUUUUAUAAUGCACAA